UAUAAAAUACCUGGAUUAAGGAAGCCUUAUUCUUGUUACCUGAAAGUGUCAACAUACACUAACAAAUACUAUUUUAAAACAACUGAUAUGUCAAUUUAUGACGAGCGAUAUUUUAGUUAGCUUUUAACACUGAGAGGAAAAAAGGUGCCAAUACUCAAAAUCCCUACUAUAUAACACAAACGAAUAGUCAAGCCGGAAAUAAAUUCAUUAAUAAAAGUAAAGUAGAUAAACAAAGAAGGAUAAAAAUGGCAUUUAUUCAUGUAUAAAUGUUACGUAUCGCACACAAUGACAAUAACAACAGCGGAAACGGAAACUGACGAUAAUCCCAAUAUUUCGACAGCAAAACUAUCCGUAAUUCCAACAACAAUUAAACGCAUCAUACGCAAAGCCAUCGAUUCAACAACAACAACAAUACCAUCAGAAACUGAAACAAUGUCACUAUUGGCAAAAAGAAAUAUCAACGAACAUUACACAAGUGAAACUGAAUUAUUACAUGAUGCCAUCGGCAACGAAAACAGUACAAAUGAAAAUGACAGCAAUGAAUUUUUAAGCAUCAGCAAUGCCAACAAUUUAGCAGCAACAAUCACAUCUAUACGAACAAAUGUCACCCGCGUGCUAUAUAUGUACUUUCAGAAUGUGACCGAUGAGAAUGGCUAUGGUGCAGCAACAACAAUCCUACCAGUAACUACAACUCCGAAUACAACUACACUUAGCAUAGCAGAUACGACACCAGCAACAAUAAAUCAAAAUGGUAUUGUUGAUCUGUUACCAAAUGUAACAACAACUGCAAUAUUGCGUUCACAUUUAACAACAGUUAAAACAGCAUUAAUAGCAGCAGCAACUACGACUACUGCUGCAACAACACCAAUAGACUCAUCAGCAGCAUCACUAGCAACAACAGCAACGUCCAUCACUGCAACACCUGCAAUACCGACAACGGUUACAUCACUAAAUACGAGUGCACUAACGACAGCACCCAGCAUUAUAUAUCCGACCUACCGCCUGGCAAUUCGAAGCUAUGAAAAUUGCUCAGCCUUAUUUGCGAACUAUACACAGCCCCAGCAAGGCAUUUUUUGUAAUUGGACUUGGGAUCAGUUUCUUUGCUGGCCACCGACACCGGCGGGUGUGCUGGCGCGCAUGCAUUGUCCUUCAGGUUGGCAUGGAAUUGACACAAAAAAAUUUGCAAAUCGAAAAUGUGAAUUAGACGGUCAUUGGGGUGGUCGUCCAAAUGAGACUCAUAACCCCAUCGGUUGGACUGAUUAUCAACCUUGUUUUAAACCGGAAGUCACUGAGCUCAUGCAGCAAAUGAAGCACUUAGAUCCGUUUCUAGAAAUUGCGAAACGUACACGUACUUUAGAAAUUGUUGGGCUUAUACUAUCUCUACUAGCAUUAAUUUUAUCUUUAAUAAUAUUUUGUAAUUUUCGUUCACUGCGUAAUAAUCGUACAAAAAUUCAUAAAAAUCUAUUCAUUGCUAUGGUACUUCAAGUCGUAGUUAGACUAACGCUUUAUUUGGAUCAGGCCUUCAGGCGGGGAAACCAGACGAUGGUUACAAAUACAAGCACGCUAGGAAUUGAAAAUACGCCUUAUUUAUGUGAAGCUUCAUAUGCAUUGCUUGAGUAUGCGAGAACUGCAAUGUUUAUGUGGAUGUUCAUAGAAGGCCUGUAUCUACAUAAUAUGGUUACAGUAGCUGUAUUUCAAGGACGAUUUCCGCACACAAUAUUUUCGCUGAUAGGCUGGGGUAUGCCCAUAUUAAUGACAACAGUUUGGGUUAUAUGUACCGCCGUCUAUACAGACAGUGCGCAUGACUGUUUAUGGAACUACAACUUGACGCCUUAUUAUUGGAUCCUAGAAGGGCCACGGCUGAUAGUUAUAUUGCUAAAUUUCUUCUUCCUGUUGAAUAUUAUACGGGUUUUGGUAGUGAAGCUGCGUCAAAGUCAGGCAAGUGAUAUCGAACAGACGCGAAAAGCAGUACGCGCGGCUGUUGUUCUCCUACCUCUUUUAGGCAUUACGAAUUUAUUACAUUUAGUUCCAACACUGAAUACGCCAUGGAAAUUUGCUUUGUGGUCGUAUGGCACGCAUUUCCUAACCUCAUUUCAGGGAUUUUUUAUUGCAAUGAUAUAUUGCUUUUUGAACGGUGAGGUACGAGCCGUACUCCUUAAAAGUCUUGCAGUUUAUAUGUCCGUACGGGGUCAUCCAGAAUGGGUGCCUAAGCGUGCAUCCAUGCUAUCAGGUGCUUACAAUACAGCACCCGACACAGAAGGACAUCCGCAACCGGAUGGCAAAAGAAAUAAUUCACCACCUAAUAAACGUAACAAUGGGCGUAAAGCAAGUACAACUGUGUUACAGACGACACCGCAUCAGAAUCUUAACCCACGUACGCAUAUAACUGGACGUCUAUCGAACAGCAGCGAUCGUCGGCUACACACAAACAACAACCACAGCAGUGAGACAAAAAGUGGCCGAAAGAAUUGGUUGUAUACGAUAUGCUUUCGGGGUCAAAAGGUACUAAGGGUACCGCCAGCGUCAUCCGUUCCUCCCGAGUCAGUUGUAUUUGAAUUGUCAGAGCAGUAGUUAACAAUUUUUAAAUAUACAAAUUGAAAACCCUCUUAGAAGCGCAUCCCGUCCUUCAUUAAAUAAAAAAAAACGUUUUAUCUAUCCAUCACAGCCCAUUUGCGUAUUGUCAGUCAGUCAUCAGCUUUUAGAUUUGAGUACUACAAGUUUUUUUAAAAGCUUUACGAAAUUUCAUUUUUGUUGUAGUUUUGGAUGAUAAAUACGAAUUGCUUUCCAUGUACCGCUUUACCCUUUAGCAGUCAGUCAAAACUAAUUUAAAUGCUAUGAAAUCUGUGUGAAAAUCGAACGUUUUCGAAACACUUUUUAAUCAUUCAUUUAUUGUGAUUUGUAAAUACGUUUGUAUUUAGAUACUUUUAUGGUUUAUAACGUUUGUAUAAA